AUGAUUUUAAUAUUUCUUAUUUUAUAUAGUGGUUAUGAUUUUGGUUAUUUACUCAAAAUGCUUACUGGAAAAUUAUUACCAGAUACUGAAAGUGAAUUUUUUGAAUUAUUAAAAAUAUUUUUUCCAACUAUUGAUGGUGUCAAAUAUUUAAUGAAAAGUUGUAAAAACCUUAAAGGUGGUCUUGAAGAAGUGGCUAAACAACUUGAAAUUGAACGUAUUGGCCCACAACAUCAAGCUGAUAGUGAUAAUUUAAUGGCUAGUUUAGUAUUUUUUAAAAUGAAAGAAUUAUUAUUCGAAGAUUCUAUUGAUGAAGGAAAAUAUUCAGGACAUUCAUAUGGUCUUGGACAUUCAACAUUUCCAGCUGGUGGAUUUGUUUAUGAAAAUAAAAGUCCGUAA